AUGGAGAUUUCAAAGCCCAAGUUGAAAGUGCUGAAAAAACGUUGCUCCAGUCUUUUUGCGACCAUAAAACGGGAGAUGAGUUUUACAAAAAGCUUUGAGGACCAAGAGUGUGAAUUCCCCUUUUCACAGGACAGCUCUGUGAAAGCGUGGACAUCUAUGGACAACCUUGAUACGCCUGAGGAGAAAAAAAGUGCAAAACAAAAUACGAAAAAAUCAGUACCAAACCCAAGGAAAUCAAACAUUGUCAACCUGAAUGUUGGUGGAAAGGUGUUUCAUAUCCCAAAGCAUUUGGUCCUGAAACAUCCAACAACCAGGAUUGGAGUCCUUGUCCUCUGUAACAAUCCGGUCAAGCGUCUGACACUCUGUGACGAUUACAAUGUUCAGAUUGACGAGUUCUUUUUUGACAGGGACCCCAUGUUUUUCCACUACAUCUUCCACUUCUAUUGCACUAAUGUCCUGUGGGUGAUGGAUAGUCUCUGCCCGGUCAACUUUGAGCAAGAAAUGUCAUUCUGGGGGUUGAAACCGAAGGACACUCCAAGGUGCUGCCGCAUUCUGUUUGAGGAGAAAGUGGACGACAUCAGAGACCAACUGAAGGUGAACCAGGAGUUGAUUGAUGAGAUCAAGCCUCACCAGGAUGGCGAGGGAUACAAAGCCAUGUUUCUUGGAAACCUUCGGGAGAUCAUCUGGGACUUGAUCGAGAAUCCUUACUCCUCACUGUCAGCCAAAGCCUUUGCUGUGUUUUCCAGUCUCUUUGUGCUCGUCUCUAUUGUUGCCAUGACAAUGAAUACAGUAAAUGAACUCGGGCAAUACAAACUUGCUGGCAAAACCUACAUGGAGUGGAUAGAGGUAUCGUCCAUCCUUUUCUUCACCUUGGAGUACUUUCUGCGGUUACUCACAACAUCCAACAUCAAACAUUUUUUGAGGAGUGGCCUCAACUUUGUUGAUGUGGUGGCUGUGAUGCCCUACUUCCUCCAGAUCAUGUUUGAGACAUUUGUUAUGGAUUCAGAAAAUGUCGGUGCAAAGGAAGACUUGAAGGCUCUGGCGAGGGUCAGUAAAGUCAGCAAGGUGCUCAAGGUUGUCAAGUUGAUGCGCAUCUUCUGUAUCUUGAAGCUGGCCCGUCACUCCACGGGCAUGAGGGCGUUUGGCUUUACCAUCCGACAGUGCUCUGAGCAGGUUUGCUGUUUGUUUCUGUUCAUUGCCAUGGGCAUCUUCACCUUCUCUGCUCUGAUGCACUCUGUGGAGAUGGAUCAGCCUGGGACACCGUUCAGCAGCAUACCAGAUGCCUGGUGGUGGGCUGCGGUGAGUAUCUCCACUGUGGGCUAUGGAGACGUCGUCCCUAUCUCCUAUCUUGGCCGCUGUGUGGCGUUCGGCUGCAUCUCUUUCGGCAUCAUCCUCAAUGGAAUGCCCAUCUCCAUCCUGUUCAACAAGUUUUCUGACUAUUACGCAAAACUGAAGGAACAGGAAUACAUAUUUUCAAACACUGAGCGCACCUUCGAGCUCAAGAAACAUCUGCGGCGUAAGUUUGACAACUGCUUUGAACCCCAGAUAGAGGAGUCUGAUUACGAGAUACACUAUCGGCCCAGUGGCAGGCAAACUAUCCGCGAGAGCGAAGAGUUAGCUGCCCACUAGCUGCGAUCUCGC